CCCUGCUUGGUCGGAUCGGUGCUGCUCUGUGUCCCGGUUUCAUUUUACAGAAGCUGCUGAAGAAUCCUCUGGAUCAUCAGAGCUGACGAUGCUGUCCGAGCUGCACCACACAGACCAGCUGAAAGAUGCUGGGUUCGGUCGGCCUCCACCCCGACAUGGCCUCCAUCUGCUCCACUGGUUCUGUACAGAGUGCCUCGAUUUUAAUAAUAACACGAUGGUUCCACGCUGUAGUCCUGAGGACGGGGAUUUCGGGUUUCACCUGUUUAAGAAUGAACCUGACCAAAACAAUAUUAAACUGCUGCCGCAUAUAAACUUCCCGUACUACGUGGUGGGGAAUCUGAACAAAGACGGAGCAGAAGAUCUGCCCUAUGACGUCCGGCAAGCUAAUGCUGGUCACCAUGACGACAGCAAUAAGGACCGCAUCAUAGUCAGCCUUAUAAACGACUGCUUUGAUAAAGUUUACAUCACUGAACACAUAAACGAGAGGGACUAUGACCCCAACGAAACCUACUUAAUAAAAAAGAAACUGAUUAAAUACAUCAGAAGUAAGACCAGGGCGGAGUUCUUGGACCAGAUGGGCAUCACAGCCCCUGAAGUGAGAAUCAACAUGGAACUGGCUCCUGCUCCAGAGAGGAAUGAACGGAACAAUACUGCACAAAACCCACCGCAGAGCAAAGGAUUCUGGGAGUAUUGUACAAUCCUGUAAACAAUUCUCCCAGUGAGGGUUUAAUCCUGAAACUACACACAUUCACCCCUCAGACCUACUGUAGACAUGCCCCAGACAUUCAGACCUCAACUACAUACUGAAGCAUUAAACUUACACCAGAGGUGUGAACUAAACACCGGUGGUUUUAAUGAUCGGAGCGUGUAGUUUAAAAACCCCACACAAUCAGCUGCAGAACCCGAAUCUGACCAGAAGCAGCUCUCCUCUUCCCUCCGACUCGAUGGUGGACGGGGUGUGGCCUUCAGCCAUCUCAUAGAACUCUCUGUAAAUCACCAAUGCUCCAAUCAAAAGCCAGGAAGUUAGUUUUUGUGUGUAAUUCCUCUAUUUCCUGACAUUGUACCCGAGACGUCACAGUCCAGGAAUAUGAGAAAUAUGUGAGAAACAUUUGAGAUUCCGACUCUGUUUUUAUAUCAUCAUCUGUCGUGAAGCCUCACACAAACACAUUUUAUAUACAUGUAUAUAUAUACCUUUCUCUUUCUGAUGUUGUCCUGAGGGUGUACUAACCUUUGCACUCCUCACCGUGCAGUAAACAGAGACAAUGCGUCAGUGUUUGCAGUAAACACACGUGUGUUUCCGUAAGUCUUUCUGUAGCUACAGGGAUAAAACCCUCUCAUCUGUAACUCCCAGUUAAAGUGUGAGUUUAACCCCUGAGGAGGUCAUCCAGUCAUAUUUACUCUCAUCAGCUUUAGUGGAAAUGAAGGUAAAAUAACAUCUGUUAUACUCAACACAUCUAAUAAAUCAUUGGUCAUGUACACGUUUUACAGCAGAUUUUUAUAGCUUUUAAAAAAGAUUGAUUAUGGAUUAAAUGGAGUUAGAGUUUUAUCUUGUUCAUGUUUAAGGUUUAAGGUUCUGUUCAUUAUAUAAGCUGUUUGGUGUCUCUAUGUUCAUAUCUGAAAUAAUGAGUGAAGGGCUAUAAUGUCUUACAAAUACUUACACUUUAAUUGUGCACAUUUUAAAUUAGACUAUCUAUAUAAAUAAAAGAAAUGCCUUUUAAUGAUGUCUUCGUUUCAUACAUUGGAGGACCUGAAACCAGACUCAGAAAAUAUUCUGUCUGUCCGUCCAGUCAGAUUCUGUCUCAGCGUCACACAAAACUGUCCGUCUAGACGUUACUGAAUCUCCUGCAGUCCUUAGAUCUCUGUCUGAAGUUUAAUCUGCACCAUCAGUGAAUCUAAAUGUGGAGUAAAAGUGAUGUUAUGAACAGUUAUGUGUGGGAUUUAAUAAUCUACUGUAAAAUAAUCUACUAAUGCGCUACUGUCUCAAUGUAAACAAACACCUGCACCAAUAGAUAUUAAUUAGAAAAGAUAAAGUGAAUAUUUUCUUUCUAUUAGGACAACUUAGUGUAAACAAGGCGUAAGAUACUCAACCUUACAGAAUGGGAUUUCUUUGUAUUAAUAAGUUAGACAGAGAGUUCUGCUGUACAGAGAGACACACAGACAUGUACGUGGGCUUCAGCCUCAAAUAAUAAUAAUAAUAAUAAUAAUAUCACUGAUUAUAUUAAAGAUCGGCAGAUUAUUAUAAUUUUUUUGGAUUUUUUUCCCCGUCACUAGGGGGCUCCCACAUUAAGGCUACUACUACCACUCAGUCGAGAGGGCUGAAGACUAUGAGGUGUUUUCUCCGAAACCUCAAAGACUGAUUAGCUGUAGAGCCGUGAUUAAUGUGGAAGCACUAAGUACCUCUGAGAGAGCUCGGACAAUCAGCUCUCUCUAGGUUGGCUGCGAGAGGUUACAGCAUCACUUCACCACUUUGCCACUCGAAGGCCCAGCAGAUUAUUACUAACACUAGUGUGUGUGUGUGUAUCCAAAGGACUCAAAUAUUAAAUUUACCCAAAUAUCCCCCAUAAUAAAUAAUGAAAACUCAGAUAAAAAAAAAAUUACCAGCACUUUACUUUUAAAAAGAAUUGUGAUUGGUGUUAGACGAUAGAAGGAGGACUACUGUGUAGGAUGAAUUUAGCACACACACACACUAAUGGAAUCAUCGCUCUCUGACAAUCCUACAGUGCCCGUGAGAGAGAAGAACCAUUGGCUUAGGUGUGAUCAUGUGACGCUUGGAAGACAAAGCGCAUGCACACUACUUGUAUAUGAAGACCUCGCUCGUUUACCAAGUUAAAAUGUAUUUAAAAAUGUAGCGUGUGUUGCAAAAUACUCGCAGGUUACUCACAAUCCAAGGUUCCACAGUACUUGCAACUUAAAUGUCAGAACUUCAGACUGACUGUCUUAUUUUUUCUGAUUCCAAAAUAAUGUUAUUUCAAUUUAAAUAUUUUUACUUAAAGAUGAUGUUACACAUGUUAAAUUGUAUAUUUAUAGAGACGUUGAAAUUAAAGCUGACAUGAACAUGGAAACA